UACUGGCGGGGAGACACCGAUGUUGAAAUCUCUGCAGUUACAAACAUUAUCUCUUACCGGCCCGCUGCACAGGUCAGGCGUCGGUUCACACAGCCAGGACUUCCUGCCUCACGUUCGAUGUUUGUGCAGGUGUGACAAAUAUGAUCGGAUAACACAGGAGAGCAGAGCGUCGUGCGGUCAGGUGUCCUGAUUCUCCUCUCUUAUCGCUCGGCCAUUGGCUUACUCGACCACCGGCCUGCGUUACCUGGGCGACUGACAACGCACACCACCAGGGGGCGCCGGUGUGGCGACGGCAAAACAGCUUUGAGUGUCGGUGUCCUACCUGUCGGCCUGCUUGCCUUCUGCGUUCGGGGCAGAAACCGUUCCUCGGAUUCUGAUACAGGAAUUUUAGCGAGAGGAUUCUGAACAAAAAGGAAAAUGAGGACUUCAUGCUUACAAGUCUUGUUUGUGUGUGUCUUCCUCCAAGCGUUGUCUGGAAUACAAGGCACCACCACAAUGAAUUCCACAGACACAGACAACACCACCAUCAGCAGCCCCGCCAGUGGAGGUUCAUUAGAUUCAACCCCUACCACAGCUACUACUACUACCACCGCCACCACCACCACUGCUCCUCGAAAGUGUUACAGCUUCUCCAACUGCGACUCAGCGUCAACCUGCGGCACCAACUCCGUAAACUGCUUCAACAACUCCUGCCAGAUCACACGCAAGACGACCGGAGGUAGCGUUAACAUCACAGCAGAAUGUUCACCAUAUGACUGCUCGGUGACCACCACCACAGCCACUACGACCACCACCACCACAGCCACUACGACGACCACGACGUCGGCCUCGUCCACAACUACUACAGCGAAACCUACUACGGAAUACCAAUGCUGUAGUACAGAUAACUGUAACUCUGUGUCUUAUCUGAACACCGCACCUGAGUUUCUACCUGGCUACCUGUCUCUAAUCAUUGCCGCCGGCUAUGGCCUUCUGAGAAUGAUGUAGUCUGCACAUGGUCUUUCUCUUUGCAGCUGAUACAUUUGUUCUGCAUUUAUUUACUUAUUUACUUGUUUACAGUCUUCUCCUUUGCCUAGCUCCACAACAUGCAAGCCAACCAUGCACAGGUGAAUGCCUUCACGACUAGCAAAAUAUUACAAAACAGAUGGCGCUUCUGCAGCAGACUAUGCUAAAAAAUGUCGACUCUUUCUAUUUUCUUGGUCGAUUUCUUAAAACAUCGUAUUUGAGAGACUUUGAGAGGAAGGUUUGUGUGCGCGAUGCACCCAGAGAUUCGUUGGUAUGUGGUUUUUUUCAACCAACACAACAGUUUAUGUGUUCUGUCACCUCGAAUGUUUUCAAUACAACACACAAACACUGCUUUCCUCCAAUUUCUUGAUGGUCCUCUGAUAGGUUGUUUGUUUUGUUUAAUUGUUUCAAUUACACCUCUUCAGUCUUUCGUGAUUAGACAUAAAGUUUAGAAGAGAAACAGUUUUCAAACAACUAUAUAUAGAGAAUGAAGCGGUUAUCAUGAGUUGUUUUUACAACUGCGCCGGUAAUGCAGAGUUUAAAUCUUCUCCACUUCUCUUUUUUUCUUUUCUUUUUUUUUUUUUUUAAAAAAAAGAUUUAAAGUGUUAUUACAGGCUAAGAAAAAAUAAUUUCAAAAUUGAAUUCUGGGAUGCUAAUAUUACACGCGCUUACAAACAAACUGUUGCAACGUGUGUUGCUAGUGGAGCAACAUGUCAUUUUGGCCAAACUGAGGAAGCUAGGACUGACAAGACACACAGACAUAAAUACACACAAACACUUACAUACGAACAUGCAGACACAUCCAUGUAGACAUCAACCUUGUCAUUGUCAAUGACGUUGAUGACGCGCAUAAACCUCUGAUGACAUCAGCCUUGUGCGCCGAGACACAGACGACAGUGAUGAUUACUAUCGGACAUACAUCAACAAUAAAAUCAGUAUUCCUCCUGUAAGAGAAUAGGACUGAUUAUAAAAAGAACAGAUGAGCGGAUACUUUUCAUGAAGUCUACAGAAUGCGGGUUUGUUUUCCAAAUGACUGAGUUCGGAUAGAAAGAAUUAGUUUUCAAAAUCUGGGUGAGUAGCCCCAUGUUAAGUCUCGAAAACAAUUUUUCACACUUCAAUGGGUUCGAGAAAAGUUCAGAGUAUGACAUGAAAAGAAAUGGGUUACUUAUCCAGAUUUUUGGAAAUGUCCUUUGCUCUCCUGGUCAUUUGAAAAAAGUCGAUUUUGUAGAUGUUCUGCACUUUGUUGUUCUGUGUGGACUUAGGCACAAGUCAGCUGAAUGCCAUGUUUGCUCUUCGCUUGUAGCCUGUUGUUUGUUUAGCUUUUUGUUCUCUCUUUCUAACACAAUAGCUUAAAUAAUAAAGCAUUGAAAUCUGACCACUGUCUCUAAACACAUUGGAUGCUCUUUUAUCGGAAACUGUAAUAAGAUUGUUGAUAGUUUUGCACUUAAUUUGGAUUAUUGUUUGAUUUUUUCACUAUUUUUCAUGUUAGUGUCAGCAGGUCGCCUGUAUGUUAUAUCACAACACAUUGCUUUGAUAUUGCUUGAAUCUGUUUGUGACGUAGUUACAUGUGAACUUAGUAUAUGCAGAUAAACAUAUUGUUUACACUUAUUAGCUUUAGUAGAGAAAUUGAGAUACUUGGUGUACAGAGAAUGAAUACAAGAAGAAAAGAGGCAGGUAUAAUUUAUCGAAUGAACUGAUAAGAUUUUCGUUACUCGAGUGAUUAUUGUAUCAAGGAAGCUAAUCUAUGUUUUAAUAUUUUAUAUUCGGUGUAUUGGUGUUUUUGUUUUUUCUAAUGGACUAAAUUUGCAGUUGUUAAGGACCUUUAUAAUCGGGUAAGCAUUCGAUCAGGUUUGGCAAAGUCGUUUGGGGAGUUCACAGGAAACUAAGUUUUUGGGGCAAAUGUUCUGAACAUGUGAAUUUGGGUCAACAUGUUAAAUCCAGAUUUGUUUGUUAAUACAAAGUGACUUGGGAACAGUUCAGAUGUCUGACCUUUCAGACCUUUGGCCGGUUUAGAACAGACUUUAUAUGUGUGACUUAAAAAAUUUACUUUCUUUGGUAGAAGUUCUUUGAAUUUGACGAGUUUUACGAAGCUUCUUAAUAAAUAAAAUCAUGCGUGAAAAAAGAGCACUGUUUAUAAAUAUGACUUGUUGUACAAAACAGUUAUAGAUUGGGUGUACUUGCACUGUUUGUCAGAAACAUUUUGCACAUUUGGUCAAAAUCAACUAUUGGGAAGAUGAAAUAUAUUUUCCCAUAAAUAGUUCUAGGCACGCAGCUAUUGCCGUCCUUAUAUAUUUAUGAAAAAUUGCCUUUUCUUUAAAACAGACAUCUCAGUAUCACUUGAGUAGAAAGAAACUUGAGGUUGUUGUAACUUAUUGAUAUGUUCGAUCAAAGAAUUACAGUCCUGGCUCGUUUUCUCGCCAUCAACACAAAUGUUAGACGAGCGUGGCGACAUAACGAGGGUACAGAAAAAAAUAUCUGAUGUAAAUUUGGGGAAAUCAUUUCUGUAACAAAGUUGGUGAGUUUGGCGAGACAAGAAGCUGAGACUGUAUUUAAAAUGUAUUUCUAAUGCCUCACUGUAGUGUCACCAACUAAAUUGUGAUUUGCAUUUUUGACAAUGCAGUGAUUUUGUACUCGAGGAAAGAAAUUACAAACCACAGCUUUGUUGGUUCACCAACAAUUAUUUUUGAUUGAAUUCCGUCCUCAAAAUGUUCUCUGAAUAAUGAAAUAAAUUUGUAGACGUACAAAC